AUGUUUCGUCCCUUUCGCGUCUUCGGGGUGUCCCUCCUUGUUGGUGGUGUGCUGGACACACCGGGGCGGUUUUGCGCCAUGGGUGGUGGGAAUAACAAUAAUACCAAUAACGAUAACCGCAACAAGGAUGGAAGAAAUGGCAAAGAGGGCAUGGGGGACGCGACGCCGCCGAAGAGCUCCACGUCCUCCACGUCUAGCCUUCUCUCUGGGAAGCGUCACCCGAAGGGGUUUGAGGCGUUUUAUUCAAAAUACAUUUUGGGGAAGAUGCCAUUUGCGCGUGUUCCCGCGGAAUCCGUCAAGCGCGCUUACACCAUGUCUCCUGAGGAGCGCAUUUUGACGAUGAAUUUGGCGGCCAAGGCUCUCAAGUGGAAACGCAUACGCCGGAUAGGAAUUAUUUGCUUUCUUCUGUCGGCGAUUGCCGUGGCCAGAAUGUAUGUUGCGAGGUCGUACAUUGUUGGGGACAUCAAUAACUACGCGGCAGUCGCCGUAGAUUUGUCGAAGCAUACGGCGGCAUUUCUUGACGAAAAAGGAAGGUAUCUGGGUGUGCGCAACUUUGUGGAUUAUAGGGCCUUUGAAGCCUCGUGUGACAAGGACAUGGAUAUUUUUGUUUUAUUUCAUACCUAUUAUCCCUGGGUUCCCAUGUUGCUUCUGUGUCUCCUACCUCUUCUGGCGGCGACCAACUCGAACUUUAGUCGUUCGGCAAAAAUGGCGUCUGCUGUGGCGGAAAAGAGUCGAUUCAAUUUUAAACGCGAAAUCUCCGUCUCUACUCGUCUAGGGGAUGUUGCCGGCUUAACUGAGGCAAAGCAUGAGGUGGUGGAGGUGAUUGACUUCUUGAAGAGUCCCGCCCGAUACUGGGCGUUGGGGGCAAAGCUCCCAAAAGGCGUCCUCUUGGAUGGUCCUCCUGGUGUGGGGAAAACACUUUUGGCAAAGGCAAUCGCGGGAGAGGCGAUGGUGCCGUUUCUUAGCUGCUCAGGAAGUGAGUUUGAGGAGGUCUACGUCGGGGUUGGGGCACAGCGGGUGCGGGAACUUUUUCGUCAGGCGCACGAGCACAAACCUUGCGUUGUAUUUGUGGAUGAGAUUGAUGCCUUUGGGCGGAAGCGCAAGUCAGAGACUGGAGGUGGAAGCUCGAGAAGUACGUUGAAUGCUUUUCUCUCGGAGCUGGACGGGUUUAAGGACGCCACCGGGAUAAUGGUUCUUGCGGCCACCAAUCGUGCCGAUAUUCUAGACAACGCCCUCACCCGAUCGGGGCGGUUUGAUAGGAAAAUAACCCUGGAAAAACCCUCCUACAAGGAUCGAGAGGCGAUUGCGGAAGUUCAUUUAAACCCAUUGAAAUUGGAGGCGUCUAGCAACAUUCACGAGUACGCGCGGAUUGUGGCUGCACUGACGCCAGGGUGCAGCGGGGCGGAUAUUUUUAACAUUUGCAACGAGGCUGCCAUUCAUGCCGCGCGUGAGAAGAAGGAAUACGUCUCGCAACACCAUUUUCAUCAGGCGGUGGAGCGUGUGUUGGUUGGAUUGGAGCGGAGUGCGGUGAAGUUAAGCGAGACGGAGCGGGAACGCAUAGCAUUUCACGAGGCUGGCGUUGUUGUGCUACACUGGUUCCAGGAAAAGACAGAUCCUGUUGUCAAGACUACGAUUCUUCCCCGCGGCCGUCACCGCACGGGCGUCACGCAACGGCUACCGCAAACCGCGUUCAUUUCCACUCAGGAGCAGUUGAUGCAGAAUCUAGUGGCGCAGUUGGGCGGAUACGUGGCGGAGGAGUACUUUUUUCAAGAUGUCUCCACCAGCGCCGCCGAGGACGUGCAGUCUGCGACAAAUAAGGCUCGGCAUUUUGUCUGCACGUACGGCAUGGACCCGGAAACCAUUGGACACUUUGGAUACCAAUUGGAUCAAGAAGACAGUAUUCAAAAGCCAUUUGGUCCCGUGAAGGAAGAUGUCGUGGACCAGUCGGUUCACAGACUUUUGGAAGCGGCCUUGGAAAGAGCACGAUCGAUUUUACUGCAGUACCUUGAUAAGACCCGCGUGGUGGCUGGACUUUUGAUGCGGCAGGAAACACUCACCGCACAUGAACUCUGGCUCGUCCUCGGGGACCGCCCCGUUAUGACAAGAGAAUUCCGGGCGUAUCUUGAAAGCUGA